AUGAAGAGCGGCCAUAGCCCCACCGGAGGUAUCCAUGGGAGGUGUGCGGGGCUUUCUCAAGUGGAUGCGAUUGUAAAACGUGUUCGUUACUAUCCUGAUGGCACAAAGAAGCGUGGAUCAAAAGUCAAAGAUAAAAGGCGUGAUGAGGAUUACCAGUUGGCUCGAGCUUUGGUGGACAUGUAUAACGACCCUCAUAAUCUUUUUGGGGAUCUUGCAUAUGAGGUCAAAGAUUUUCUGCAUGGCAAGCCGCUCUGGGAGGAUUAUUAUAUCCAUUGGACGUACUUUCAUAUGAAUUUCACUGCAAAGACCAAAGGAUCUUAUGGUGUUGACACUGGCAACCUAUUCUUUGCUGAAGUUGCAUAUACGCGAGGAGAUGGUGGACGUGGAUUAACGGUGAACAGUUGUUGUAUACUUGAACCUUCUGAUCAUGGCCUCUGCCAUGGUUGUUGUGGUGAUGUGAAGCACCCCAAUGAUGGUAAUGCAUAUGCUUGUGGUCGGCGGAACAUCUCGUAUCGUUUUCAGAACGGUGCACCUGAUCUACCUCUGGACUAUUUCGUGGACCGCUAUUACGAGGACACAAGUUCUGAUGAAGAGGUGGAAAGACUGAGAUCUCAGUUCAAGGAUGUUGUUAAGGAGGAACUCAAGCCAUUGCCGAUGCCCCUCGUGGUUUAA